CCGAGACAUAAUGAACGACCAUUCUCUCCGCCCUUGACAGUCCUCAGGCCUGUCACGCCCGUUGCUCACGUCUUGUACAUGCUAGGUAAGUUGGGUAGGUGGAAGAAAAAGCCACGGGGGCUUUUCCCGCUCAAGUUUCCCAAGUAGGCAGCUACCGAAUUUCAAUGGGUAUAUAGUCUGUAUCUAUCGGCGGUCAGUUGUAGGUAACUGGCUUGCUCCCCCCGUGCACACGCCCUGUAACCUCUUUCUCACACUUUCCUUCCGCUUUCCUGACACUCUCCUCUGUUGUGUCGCCAAGCCAGCGCCGUACUGUUCCUUUUCAAAGACGGUAGCUGAACCUGGACGGGAGAGGGAACAAUAAUGACGAGUACGGGUGCCAGAAUUCUUGGGGUGCUCGUUCUUUCAAUGUAUGGGGACAAGCUUGGGGAGUACCAGAAUCCGUAUACAUACGAUUCUUCAGGGCUGGCGCUUACCCCGUUGGGAGAGGUUCAGGAAUACCAGCUGGGCAGAUACCUUUGGCAAACUUACUUUAAUGACACUUCUCCUUCUCAUGUUUCUGAAGAAGUGCCGUUGUCAACGCUUCUCUCUGGGGGAGGAAUCCUCUUCGAAGCCGAUGGAGGUGGCGAUGGGAGGGUGAUAUACGAUUCGGCUACGGCGCUUACUCAGGGCAUGUGGCCGCCUUUGAGUAAGAGUAAUUUGGGAAAUAUGACGCUGGCGAAUGGGACGUCGGUUCUUAGUCCGUUGCAGGGUUUGCAGUACAUUCCUAUCGCGCCCAUCGAUCCUGCCGAUGACGUAUCGUUUGAAGGAUGGCUCGAUUGUCCGACUUUCUGGAAUGCCACGAGAUCGUUUUAUAAUAGCACAGACUUCAAGAAAGUUGCGAGUGACAAUGCAGCCUUCCUUGAUUCAUUGUCGUCCUUGGUAGGCAACCGAACGACGAACCUGACACAAAUGAUGGGCAUCUACGGCUUUGUCAAUACAGAAUACAUUCACAAUCCCGCGUUUCAUCUGGCUACCUCCAGUGAUACACUUACCAAAACGCGGCAGCUUGCAAAUUACUAUGCCGCAGGAGUGUACAGCUCGUCUGAUAUGGGCAGUAUUCACAAUAUCCCUGGCCGCGCUCUUUUACCAAAGAUUCUCAAAGGGGUUAAUAGGCUCGCGGACCUCGGCGAUCCAUUGAGGUUCUAUAGUAUGAGCAUGAGCUAUGAGCCGUUCAUGAGUUUGUUCAAUAUGAUGGGCGUCUCGGGGACUUUUGCUAAUAUAAGCGGAAUUAUCAAUUAUGCCGGCGCAGCUGCCUUUGAGGUCCGCACGGACAUGUACGGCAACAACCCCGUUAUCCGGUUCCUUGUCAAAAACGGUACAUCCGAUUCCGGCUUUACCACUUACUCGCUCUUCGGCGGUACAAAGGAUGUCAGCCUCAAACAAUUCAGGACCUUGUUGCAACCUCAUUCGCUCAACACGCUCUCCAGUUGGUGUUACACCUGCGACAACAACUUCAGUAGGGGGUGCGAGGCGAACUCAACUAUCCCAGUACCGCCGAAUCCCUUCGCUAACCGGUCGAACAAUAAGCUUACUGCGGUAGCGUCUGGGUUAAUAGGGGCGGGUGCUACGCUAUUCGUGGCGUUGUUAUCCGUUACGGUUUGUAUGAUGACGGGCUUCUUGAAGCUUGGUAAGAGAGGGAAACGGUUGAGCGCCGUGAUGAGUGCUCCUGGACAUCAUCCGAGGAGAGGGAGCGAUUUUAAGGAUGGAAUGGACGAUGAUGACGUCCAACUCAGGAAGUGGGAUAGGAUGCCUGAUGGUCAGAAGAGCACGGUUUGACGUGUGACCAAAGCGUCCUCUUCCCGUCACCCCUUGCGUCCUCCAUCUUGGGGACUCUUUCUCUUGCCUCCUUGUGCUUCUUGCUUCGUUGGUCAACUCGAGUUGUACUACUUGUUUCUUCCGGGUCCAUACUUGGUCUGGUGGUAAUUCGCCAUUCCCUUGCGUGGUCCCGUCCCCGAUGUAUGGAUGAUUGUAACCUUAUGAUUCUUGCUUGCUAUCCAUUUGUUCACCUCGCUUCACUUUCACGGUUGUUUUCCUUUUCUUUGGCGUAUUACUAGCUGUAUCACAGAUCGUAUUACAUUGUCUGAGCUGUGUCUCCGUGUAUAGUCCGUUAAACUCGUCGCAUGUUCUCUUGGCUUGUGCGUGAGUGACUCGCCAAUUAUUAUCCAGUUACGCUGGUUUCAACGAAAGAU